AUGGCGCCCUCCUCGACAACCGCGGCGCGGAUAGAGGAAGCUCGUGGUCUGGCGAAGAAGGACUCUUCCAAGGCCGAGGGAAUUUACAAGGAUAUCCUCUCGCAAGGUCCAGGCUCAACUGAAGCAUCGUCGCGAGAUUACGAGAGUGCUCUGAUCGGCCUCGGAGAACUGUAUCGAGAUGAGAAGAAGCCACAGGAGAUCGCAGACCUCAUCAAGACCAGCCGCGAUAGCUUCUCAUCAUUUGCCAAAGCAAAGACGGCUAAGCUUGUCCGCCAGUUGCUUGACUUAUUCAGCGAAAUUCCGAACACCCUUGAUAUCCAAGUUGCCGUCAUCAAAUCAUGCAUCGAGUGGGCCGUCUCAGAACGACGGUCCUUCCUUCGACAGAACCUUGAAACCCGAUUGGUGGCCAUUCUCAUGCAGAAACAAUCCUACUACGAUGCCCUUACCCUCACCAACUCUCUGCUUCGUGAGUUGAAGCGCAUGGAUGACAAAUUGAUGUUGGUGGAGGUGCAACUGCUGGAGUCGAGGGUUUAUCAUGCGCUCGGAAACCAAGCGAAAGCACGUGCUGCCUUGACCGCUGCACGGACAUCGGCUGCUUCAGUCUACACACCUCCACAUCUGCAGGCCGGGCUGGACAUGCAAAGUGGUAUGCUCCACGCAGAGGAUAAAGAUUUCACUACGGCAUUUUCCUACUUCAUCGAGGCGCUAGAAGGAUACAGCACGCUCGACGAGAGCGAAUUGGCCACGGCCGCUCUGCAGUAUAUGUUGCUUUGCAAGAUCAUGCUGAAUCUGGUGGAUGAUGUCACCAACCUGCUGGGUUCCAAGCAAGCGCAGAAGUACGCCAGCCCACGGCUCGAAGCUAUGAAGGCUGUAGCUCGUGCCCAUGCCAACCGCUCUCUGGAAGAAUAUGAGAAAGCCCUCUCAGACUACAGGUACGAGCUUGGCAGCGAUGUCUUCAUUCGGAACCAUCUCCGGAGACUGUAUGAUGCCAUGCUGGAGCAGAAUCUCAUCAAGGUCAUUGAGCCCUUCAGCCGGGUCGAAUUAGACCAUAUCGCCAAGAUGGUUGGUCUCGACACGCAGCAGGUGGAGAGGAAGCUCUCGCAGAUGAUUCUCGAUAAGGUGAUCAUUGGUGUGUUAGACCAGGGUGCUGGCUGCCUCAUUGUUUUCGAUGAGACAGAGCGGGACCAGGCGUACGAUGCCGCUUUGGAGACCAUCGAGAAGCUGAGCAAUGUGGUGGAAGGACUGUACACUAACCAGGCGUUGCUCCUGGAGUAA